AUGGCCAAAUCUAAGAACCAUACCAACCACAACCAAACCCGCAAGGCUCACCGCAAUGGUAUCAAGAACCCCAAGAGCCACAGGACACGGUCCAUGAAGGGUGUUGACCCCAAGUUCCGCCGCAACGCAAAGUAUGCGCUGAUCGGUUCACGACAAGCGCGAAAGGAGGCAAAGGCAGAAUCGUGA